GCAAAUACGUGGAGAUACGUGUCACUUAGAUGCUAAAAGAAAAAAGGAAAAAUCUGGGCUUAGUAGGUAGAUAAGAUUUGAUGACAUAUGAAGAGAGGAGGAAACAUCACCGAUAAGUAAGUAAUGACGAAUCUUCUGGCCUUGUGUCUUUUCUUGACCACUUUACUAGCGGCGGAGGUAUGGUCUCCGAGCCCAGCCACGACCACCCACAGAACGCCGCCGUCGGAGGGAGACGUCAUCGUCAAAGAUGGCCACCGUGUAGUGGUGGUUGAGUACGAUCGCGACGGGAAAACUAAUACCAGAGUCUCGAUCUCGCCACCAUCGGCAGAUCAAGGAGAAGAAAAAGAGAAUGAAGAAGAAAAGGGAACUUCUUUGAUUAGAAAUGUUAAAGAGAAAGCGAAAGAAACGGCGUCGUAUCUUCCACACGUCGGCCAAGGAAUCUCGCAGCCGGUGAUGACAGAGGAGGCGCGUGAUCACCACGCGACGGCUGGGGAAGUUAUAUGCGACGCGUUUGGUAAGUGCAGGCAGAAGAUCGCGAGUGUGGUCGGUCGGGCUAAAGACCGAACGGCCGAUUCCGUCGGCGAGACUGCUUCUGAUGUCGGAGAAGCCGCUGCUCAGAAGGCUCACGAUGUGAAGGAAACGGUUACACAUGCGGCACGUGACGUGGAAGACAGGGUGGCUGAUCAAGCCCAGUAUGCUAAGGGUAAGGUAUCAGAGAAGGCCCAGGAUGUGAAAGAGAGUGUAGCCCAUAAAGCCCAUGAUGCGAAAGAGAGUGUGGCUCAUAAAGCCCAUGAUGCUAAAGAGAAGGUAAGAGAGAAAGCUCAUGACGUGAAGGAGACGGUAGCCCAAAAAGCCCAUGAAUCGAAAGAGAGGGCAAAAGAUAGAGUGAGGGACAAGGCACAAGAAUUGAAGGAAACGGCUGCUCAUAAGUCUAAGAACGUGUGGGAGAGAGUUAAGAAUGUGGCGCGGGAGUUUGGGUCAGUUACAGCAGCGACGUUGAGUCCGACUAAGGUAGCAAGCAUUUUGGGGUUGACCGCGAUUGCGGCUGCGUUUGGGACUACCGUGUGGGUGACGUUUGUGUCAAGCUACGUUUUAGCCUCUGUGUUGGGGAGGCAACAGUUUGGUGUUGUGCAGAGUAAGCUGUAUCCUGUUUACUUCAAGGCGACCUCUGUGGGAAUCCUUGUGGGUUUGUUUGGUCACGUGCUUAGCCGGAGGAGGAAACUACUCACCGACGCAACGGAGAUGUGGCAAGGGGUUAACCUCUUGUCCGCUUUCUUUAUGAUCGAGUCUAAUAAGUCAUUUGUCGAGCCACGUGCCACUAAGGCGAUGUUUGAGCGAAUGAAGGCAGAAAAAGAAGAAGGAAGAGGAGAGAGGACAAGUGAGCAGGAGCUAAGGCGGAAAUUGGAGCAGCUGAGUGAGAGGCUGAGCAAGCUCAACACGUACUCCUCUUGGUUGAAUAUAUUGACGCUUAUGUCUCUCACCUGGCACUUUGUUUAUCUUGGCCAGAGACUCGGCACCGCUUGUUGAGGCAUACCUUUGUUUAUUAGUAUCUCUUCUGGUCCCGAACCCUAACUUAGCUUUUUGUUGUUGUUUACUGACUUACUAGUCACGGUAUCAGGGUUCUUCUAUUUCCGAAUGAUAAGUAGUAAUGUAGACAUCUUGUAAUAAUUAGGUCAUGCCUUCACAUUUGGCCUUUGGGUUUGAGGUUUGUGCUUUUUUUUUU